AUGGCAGACGGCCAGGAAAACAGCCUUCCGCUGGCCUCACAGCUGGACGAGCUCGAAUCUCAUCUUGACGAGCUGCAGCAGCAAGAUGACCCCUCAACUCACUUCAACGCCUCGCUCUUCGACCGCAUAAACUACCAACUGGGCCCGGUCGAGUACCCCGAGCUGACGGCCCGACUCCUCCCAAAAGUCGCCGGCAUCAUCAAGAAGUGCGCUGCCACCGCAGAGUCGUCCACAGACUGGAAAGGCUACCCGCCACCGCUCAUCACCCUCACAAUCAAGCUCCUGCGGCCGCUGCCCUUCACCCAGGCCCUUGAGCUCUGCCAGCCGGAAUAUCUCAUUACUGCCCUCGCCUCCCCAGAGCCCUACAUCAACGAGCUCGCCUUUGCCAUCCUGGAGAAGGCCUCCCGCUCCCCCUCGGACGCGUCCAUUCUCGCCUCGGCGCCGGGCCUCCUGGAGGCCUUCCUCGACCGGUGGCUCUCGUCCCCUGCCGUGGGCGUCGGCCACCAGGGCGUUCGAAUCCUCGGUGACCUUCUAGACGUCGACUCGCCCCUCUCACAGCCCGUCUUCACAGACGACCAGAAGCAGGCCUACGACAUUCGCCUUAUCCGCCGGGCUGCCCAAGGGCACGGUGCGGUAUGGCGCAGGCUAUUCGGCGACGAGGCACUAUGCUGGCAAGUGUUGCAGAAGAUGGACACGGCCUUCCCAUCCUCGUCCGCGGAUCAGAACGUCAUAGCCCAGCGGUCCUUCGCACAAGACCGUUUCCUGCGCCUGCUCCCUCGGAUGGCAAUUCUCGACUUUGCGAGUCUCAACCGGUCAACCACGCAACUGUCACCCAGCGGCCCAACCGUAUCCCUACUUGCCUUUGCGGUGUUGUUCAUGGUCGACCGCCGUGGCGACGAGCUGAUGCACCUAACCUGGGUCGACUUCAUGCAGAAGCUCGUUGGCGCGCUGAGAGUGUCCGAUACGGCCAAGCUGAGCGUCGACGCACUACGCGCUUUGGUGAGGGACGCGGAUGAUACGCAGUUGUUUGAUGCACUUUGGAGCAUGCCGGAGAAUCUGGUUUGGACUCCAAUGGGGGAAGCGGACGCGAUGCAGGCUUGGCUGAGGGAAGUCGCGCCGAGACGGGCUUUGAGGAUAGAGGGGAUGUUGAACGGCGACUAG